AUGGAUAUUGGAAGUCCAAACGUUGUAGAUAGCAUUGCCAGUGGUACCGAAAUGGCUAUUCACCAUUGUCAGCAGUUGUUCCAGUGGGAAAAAUGGAGUUGUCCAAAACUAGUCUUUAGCAAGCAACAAAGAUUUCCGCCAACACCAGAAAUAGCCUACACGAAAGCCAUCGUAGCAGCCGGCAUAACCUACUCAUUAACAAGAAACUGCUCCAAAGGUCAAAUAGAAGGAUGUGGUUGUGAUAAAACGGACAAGAAUCAAAUACAUUUGGGAUCAGAAGAGUUCAAAAAUGUACACAUCAGAAAGUUCCAACGCAACAGUUAUCCUCACAAAAAGGCCACCAAGCAAGUGUGGGGAGGUUGUUCCGAUGAUACUACCUUCAGUUCCCGUAUUACUGAGAAGGUUUUGGAGAGUUUGGAUAAGGGGUUGGAUGCCCAUGCUUAUGUAGCUCGACAUAAUUUCAAAGUUGGCAUUGAGGUAAUCAAACACACAAUGGUAAAAAAGUGCAGAUGUCACGGUAUCUCAGGAAGUUGCACCCUGCAAACUUGUUGGAUGCAAGUAGCACCUUUCGGAGAAAUCUCAAAAAAGUUAAAAGAACUUCACAAGAAGUCCAUUCGAGUUACUCACGGAGACGUACAAAACUCUAUAGUCAUGGGAAAUUCUGCUAGAGAAGCAUCAGUUGAAGAAAAGGAGAUACCUGGAACUAAGAAUAGUUUAAUUUAUAUGGAGCCGUCACCUGAUUAUUGUUUACCGAAUCCAAGCGAAGGAUACAUGGGAACCAAAGGCCGUAUGUGUUCGAGGAACAAAACCAAUGUUACCAGACUAGAGAAGAACAGCUGCAAGAAUUUAUGCAAGAAAUGCGGACACCGCGUGAAAAGGUUGCAGAAAAAAGUGACCCGACGAUGUAACUGUACUUUUACGUGGUGCUGCGAAGUGAAAUGUGAUACAUGCAUCGAGACAGUCAACGAAUAUUUUUGCGUUUAGAAUUUAAAAGUAGGGUUGUAAAAAUUAUUGUAAAUAUGUAUA